AUGUCUAUUUCCAUGAGGAACCCACCCAAUCGACGGCGUUCUUUGGGUCCUGUCUCACCCAAGCGGAUCUAUAGGAACCUGUCAGUCAGGCUGAGGGGAGGAGAGUCAUCUGUCGGCGGGGCAGCAGACACACCCAAGCGCCUUGGAAAAUCUGCAGAUGCUUACAAGACCUUGUGGGAUGCAGUUGAAAAUGAAGACACAUUAGCUGUACAAAGCCUGUUGUCCCGAAUCCACAACAACUAUGGAGGUGGAGGAGGAAGUGGUGGCGGAGGAGGAGGAAGUGGAGGAGGAACCCUGUGGGAGAGAGGAGAAAAGAAAGACAGAGAGUGGGAAAAAGAACGGGAGAGGGGGGUGAACAGAGUGAGUGAGCAAGGCCUUGUCCCACUGGAUGUGGCUGCCCUUACCCACAAUUCACCUCUGCUCCAUGUGCUGGUAAAGGCUGGAGCAAGGCAUAACCCAAUUUUGUGCAGACCAGCAGAUUGGGCACGUAAGCUUGAUGAACUUGUGGCAUUGGCGAAGGAGAGGGUGGACGAGAGGAAGCAAGAGUUACUGAAGAAGGCCGGGGCAGGGUCCCAUGCACAGGCUGAUAUCCAGAGACAAAUAAGACUCUGGAGCCUCAGACUGCAAUUAUACUGCCGAAUGAAGGAGAAUUUCCAUCAAACAGAACUCCCAGGUCCUCCUAGUCAAGUAUCCAUUGUGGUGAAUAGCACAUCUUCUCUAUUUGUGGCAGUGAAAGAGCUAGAAGGUGACUGCAUAGGGCUCGUCACCUGCUACAAAGUGGAAUGGAGCACCUCGGCAAGCUUCAAGCGCAUCCUUGGCUCAGCCCAAGUUACAGAAACCAAGAAUCCCUCCUAUACUAUCAAGGGACUCAUUGCUGGCGUGCAUUACUUUGUCAGAGCAAGUGCCUACAAUGUGAAAGGAUGGGGUACGCCUCAAGGUUCUACUCCUGUCAGCGCUGCACCCUCAAGUUGGAGAGAGUGCAACGGUGUAAAGUCCCAAUACAGAAACCACGAGGCCCUUGUAAGGAAGCUUUUAGAAGAUUCUGGAGAGGCUCAUAGCAGAGGUUACUACAAAGACAACCCUAAAGCUGAGAGUCCCGGCAAGCGUCUGUCGAUGUCUCGGGGCCUCAAACAACUCUUCCACUCUGCCACCAAGUUUGUUCGUUCUUUACAAAGGGGGGUGUACUUGGCAACUGUGUUCUACCACAAGGAAAACAUUCUGGUGACAGCUGAAGAUCAACUCCCAUUGGUGGAGAUCCAGUGCUGCUCAACCACUCUCACACACAACUUUGUUUGGUUUGCCAAGUUGUCCUGUGCAUGGCAGCAAGUGCCCUGGCUCCUGCAAGCACUCUCCUCUGCUCAUUCAUCUUCUUCGUCCCUUCUACAGAACAGGCACAAUAUUUUAAAAGCUGUCUCCCAGCUGCAGUCUUCACUGGGGACAAUGGACCUUGGCCAAGUGCACUAUGAACCACUCAAAGACCGACAGGGUAACAUUUUACUUGUGACAUUGAAGGAGUUCCCAAAUGCUACCAGCCCUUCUGAGCAUCCACUGCAAUGGAUGCCCCUGUCUCGCCUGGAGAAGAACCGUAGGAGAGCUCCCCUUCUGCCUGAACCAACUGCCAUGGACAUGCUCUAUGAACACAUAAGGGAAAAGCUGGACUACCACAGGCACAGCAAUCAGUGGGCCAAAUCGGGUCUCUAUGUGGGCAUAUUGAAACUAUGGAGCUCCGUGGAACAGAUCAGGGUUUUGGUGCCUCAAAGGUUGCCCAAUUUACUAUGCCACACACGGGUCCGACACAAUGCCCAUGUCACCAGAGAAGAGUGGGCAUGGCUCCAGAGUAAUGUUUAUGAGACGACCAGUGAUGGUAUUCAGAACCUACUGGGCACCAAGGACGACAACUUGGUAGAAAAUAGCAGCCUAGUGGAGUUUAUCAGGUCCCUCAGAGCAGCAGUUUCACAUCUUCUAGCAAAGCUUAACAUCCCCCUCUACAGGGCCUAUCAGUAUGGGGUCUACACCAGAGAGCUGCUGCAGUUAGGAGAAAAGGUGUCUAUGCUGCUGCUUCUUCCGCCAAGUGAAGACUUCAGCUCCAGUUAUUGGCCACUGUUGGGAACUAAAGAGUCCGGCCUUACCAUGCCCUUGCAGAUCUUUGAGCUUGUUCACCUCUGGACAUAUGAACGGGACUUUCUGACCCAAUACUGCCAGGCCUGGGUGAGGGUGGAGCUGGACACUCACCUGGCUCAGCAGGCUUUGCGGGAGGCGCUGGAUAGCCGGGAAGUGCAAGUGGCCCGCGAGCGUCUCAACCAUGUCAGCGACCUAGCCCAUCGUCUGGAUGUGGUAUGGCGGGAUGCCCGCUGGAUUAUGGACUGCCUGCAGUGCGUUAGAUCCAAGCAAUGGGUGGGAGCAGUGCCUCUUGGGUUGGUCAUGGGCGGGGACCCGCCACCGUGUCCUGAUGCUGAAGAAGAGGAGGAACGAUUGACUGCCAGACUUACGUGGCCCCAUCGAAUACAGUCAAAACGGACCACUUCAGAUAAUUUAGUCAGCAUGACUCCAAAUGUUGUCACAGCAGAGGUCUCCUCUCCAGCAGGAAAUACGGUUGUCGUGGAGGAGGCCACAGUGGUGUUAAUGGAGGGCGUUGCAAAGGGAGGGUACCCCGUAGACAUCAGUGCCCAAUCAACUGCGGAUAUGACAAACAUCGGCCAAUCAGAACUGGGAUGUGCAAGCACUUUAAUCGACUCUGGAUUAGAUCCUGCUCCAGUUGGACAGUUGGAAGUGGGCCUGGCAGCUUUGGAUGCACCAGAAUCCUUCAGUGAUUUAGAGCACUUUCCCUCCAGCAUCUCUGAGGUCAUCCGGCCAAUGGAAAUGGCGGAGUUGGUGGAUAUUUUGCCCACACUGAGUCUUAUCGAAGAGGAGAUCCCAAGUAGUCCGUCCGCUCCAUCGGUGAUGGAUAUGCUUCAAUGUUUUGGACUGGGGAUGGCUGAAAAGAGCAGCUGUUUUGACUCAGAGAAUUCAAUUUUCAACAGUGCAGAAAAUACAGACUGUAACCAAACUACUUUAUUUGGACAAGACAUGCUAAGCUCAUAUACAACAGCAUGUGACACAGAGACUCCACCUGGAAAUAAUAUAUCAGUACAGGUUCAUAGUAGAGGACAGAAUUUUCCGGUGCGAAACCAGGCAGAGUGGGACAAAUCAUUUAACAGCUCCUCCUGA